CUCCAAAAAGUGUUAAAUGAACACUUACUGGGGUGGACCCAUAUAGACACUUUAAAAGUGUUGAAAUCAACUCUGAUAGUUAUUUUGAGCAUGCUGAAUUUGCCUGGCCAAAAAAAAAAAAGGUCAGACACUCUAAUGUUUCGUCGUACCACUUUUAGCUUUGAUGAUGACGCACAUCGCUGUGUCAUUGUUUGGAUAAGCUUCUGCAACGCCACAAGACUUGUUUCCAUCCAGUGUUGCAUUAAUGUUGGUAGAGUCUGACCGCUGCACAAAGCCUUCUCCAUCCCAUUCCAAAGAUUCUCAAUGAGGAUAAGGUCUGGACUCUCUGGUGGCCAAUACAUGUGUGAAAAUGAUGUCUCAUGCUCCCUGAACCACUCUGUCUGAGCCCGAUGAAUCCUGACAUUAUCAUCUUGGAAUAUGACCGUGCCAUCAAGGAAGAUGGAAUAACCUGGUCAUUAAAUAUCUUCAUGUAGUCAGCUGACCUCAUUCUUGGAGCACAUCCUGCUGCUGAACCUAGACCUGACCACCUGCAUCAAGCCCAGAUCAUAGCACCGCUCCCACAGGCUUGUACAGUAGGCAAUAGGCAUGAUGGGUGCAUCACUUCUUCUCUCUUCUUACCCUGAUGCUCCAUCACUCUGGAACAGGGUCCAUCUGGACUCAUCAGACCAGUGUUUAAUAAUGCGUUGGCCAGUUCUUAACCCAGUUUUAGUCGUUUCCGCAUCUCCUUAGAUGUUUUCUCUGCUUGAUGCAUGCUGACAAUCUGACGCUUCUCAAACAGACCAACAUCUUUUCCACGACCACCAGAUGUGUCUUUUCACAUGGUUGUUUAAGAAAUGAGACGCAACUCAUUGCACCAGUUGGGGUAAAAUAACUUGUGGGCAGCUGAAAGCUAAUCGCUCUUGCAGUAAUUCUCCAAUAGGAGGCUCCUACUUGUUUGCUUAGUUAAAUCCAGGUGGAGACUUUUUUUUGUCCAGGCCAUGUAACUUAGAAUACAUGCAUAAGACACAACUUGUGUUCUACUGAGGACGGGAUAAACUAACUGUAGCGUUAUUAUGAUGUCUAACCAGUCUGUGAUGUGGUGGAGGGCUGCAUGUGGGGUCGGAGACGGGAAAUGAAUGUGAAGAAGCAGAGUCAAAAUGAGAAGGAGAGAGAGACUGAUGUGGAAGUCUCACCGCAGCCCUCACAGCUUAGAUGUUUUAAUUCUAACGGGGGCUCUUAAACCACCAAACACCACCACACAGAGACCCAAUCCUUUCAUCUGAUUCUAUGAUUCAUCCAAGUUUGUGAUGAAUCUGAGGAAACUGCAUGAAUGAAAACUGAGAAGAACCUUAAAGGAGCGAGAAUAAGAUCAACAUCAUCUUUAUGGCUCAGAUGUGGAAGAGACUCGACUCUGGGGAGAGUGGUGCGGUCUGGGAAGCUACGGGUUAAUCUAAGACUGGGAGUUAAACCUGUUGCCAAUUAGAAGCAGUGAGCGCCACAUGUAGACUCCUCUCUGCUGAGGGGGCAAAGGAGGCAGAAACCACGGUUCAAGCUGUGGAGGAAAGCAAUGCAGUGACAGGGAUGAUCUGAGACAGGCUUCACACGCCACGCGUGGCCUCUUUACACUUUUACAUCUGAGGACUGCAACAUGACGUCUGUUUCUGUGACCUUUUUCCUCUUUGUCAUCUCUGCAUUCAACUUUGAGAGCAGAUCCGAGGUGUGCACGGGGCCGCGCUGCUUCCCUGGCCAGGACUGGAGCAGACUGUGCACUGGAGCGCUCUGCAAGGGGCGCGCGGACGCUCCCACGCAACGAAGGCAGCUGCACCACCAGCACGUGCAGCCCAGGACGGGGCAGAGUAAUCCGACUUUACAACAUAAUGCUCAUAUGAGCCAACACCAAGCCCAGAGUGCGCCGCUAGCGCCCUACACCAUAAUCCAUCCACAGCACGGAAGCUUUGUGCAACACUCCAGUACUGAUGGCGUCAGGAGGACCAACCCAAGGACCAUCACAGCAGAGGUUUUUCACCCAGGCUGUGCUGGUGGGAGUUGUCCCACCAAAGUUUCUAAUCGCCCCACUAAUGACGAGAGGGCCACGCGGGAGUGCAAAGGGACUGGCUGCAAACUAUCUUCACGGGACCGCCACAAGCAAAAUGUAUGCGUCGGAGACGCCUGCAGCACGCAUGCAGGAGACGACGCGAGGGCGAGCGCUUCAGAUCACGCGACGGACAGAGCUGCACAGUUUUUGGAUGAAUUCUCUGACUUUGGGUCAGAUCGGGGUGCAUGGAUUCAGCUGGUCUGUGACUUAAAGCCAGGGUCCAACGAGGUUCCCUCAGAGGAUGCUCUUGUCCUGCAGCUGCAGCUGUCCAAAAGCCAGGAGAAGCUAGUUGAGGCCCUCAGGGGCCAGCAGAACGAGGUCACUGAGCUGCAGGCCCUCCUCAGUGAGCAACAGAGGGCGCUGGUCAGCCAGCAGAGGGAAAUACUGGAGCAACAGAAGAGGAUGCAUGAGCAGAUGGAGCAAGUAAAAAUCCAGUACAACAGUUUGAUGGAGAGCAUCAAACAGACAUCGUUCCAUAACCUUCAGGGGGAGUUAGACAGUCACAUGGAGACCCUGAGUGGACAGAUAAGAGCUCACCAAACACAACAGGCCCUUGCUUUGCACAAGGUGGACAUGGAGGCCACUCUAAUGGAGGUGGAACGGCCCCAGAUGUCCUGUGGACGCUGUGAACCCGAGGAGUACUGCAGCUACAGCAGUGGCCAUCCUCACUGUGAAAAGUGCACAAUCUGUCCUCCUGGUUUCUUUUUGGUGGCCCAGUGCUCGGUCCAUACAGACAGGAUCUGUCAGGACAGAGACGAAUGUCUGGAAAUAUCUAACUUGUGUGGCGAUCAGCAGAAGUGUCUCAACACUCCAGGUGGCUUCAGGUGCAGAGGCAUGACCAAACAAGAUGCUCACUCUGGAAUGUGCGGCCAUGGCUACUUCUACAACCCAGACAUGGAGGAAUGUCAGGCUUGUAACGAGUGUGAAGGAGAACCGGUGGUUUCUCCUUGUACCUUUGUCACAGACACCAUUUGCCCUGGUCCUUCUGCUGCGGACAGCACAUUGUCUCUGUCUUGGGCUGGAGACGUGAGCCUGCAAAGCUCAAAAGGCCACAUCCUGGUUCACACUUUCUCCAGUGUGCCGGUUCUCAUCGAAGGAAGAGGAGAUGCAGGUUUGGUUUCUGCUGAGAACGGGAAGCUGGUGCUGAGGCAGCAUGGUCUUGUCUGGCUAGAUGGGAGUGUGGCUCUUAGCCACGGCUGUCGCAGCUUCAUCCAGGUGUGUCUGCGUGUAAACAACACAGACGGCUCUGAGGGUCGCGACCUGAGUGGUGUGCGAGUGGAGCAGCAGGAUCGGAGAUCGCUCCAGAGUGUCAGCAUCAGUGGGGUAGCAGAAGUUGCCCCGGGCUACGUCAUGUCCCUUUUCCUCCAGAGCCCUACGCACCAGUGCAAUCAAAGCAGCGAAGGUCUGCAGCUGCACAAAGCUUCAGCAGCUCAGUUCAGCCUCAUUUGGCUCUCUCAUGACACAGGAGCUGUUGCUAUGACAGCAAAGGCUGUGAUUUCAGCACACUACCACACAAACUACCGCCCAGCCUUCCACACCACCUCCACCUCUGACCCGUACAUAGUUGGACUGACUCACGACGGCAGGGGGAUCCGUUUUGCAGAGAGUGGAUCGGUGCGUUUUGUGUUCCAGCAGGCGCUGUAUUCCAUGGGCCAGGCGUGCAUAAGUGAAGGAUUCCAGCCUGUGGCUUAUCUCAACAAGAAUGGAACCUCAUCUGAGUUGCUGCGUGUCUUCAGACCAGGUGUCCACUACAGGGACACGUCCAUUUCUCUGUCUGGAGCCACUAAGGUCAGCCCUGGAGACACCAUUGGCUUUGAGAUCCUCUCUCCUACACAGUGUAAUGUACGCUUCUUUGGUGAUGACACUGGCAUCAGCAUUCUUAGCCUGUUCUGGGUCCCUGCAGCUGUUUCUUCUGUUAUGACGGCGUCUGUGGCUAACACCGGCCUCCCAUCAGGAGCAAUACGAAACAAGCCCUUGUUCUUCCAUCAGACCAGCCCCCCGGUGCCCCAGAUGGGAAUGCAGCGGAAGGGAUCUGUUAGUCCAAGAAGAGACUUUGUCUUCAGGGAGAGUGGAACGGUGAGCGUAUCUCUGGACCUCAAACUCAUUCACUCCUGCAGCUUGGUGAAGGUGACUCUGCAGCAGCAAAGUGAUUCUGACGGGUCGCAGCCUGUCCCUCUAGCCCAGCAGGUAGCUGGCCAGAUGAUGGAGGGCAGCCAGUGGGCCAGCGUGAGCCUUCGCACAUCGUUUCAGGUUCGUAAUGGCACGGUCGUGUUUUUGGUCCUGGACUGCGUACGUGGACGGGUCAAUCAGAUCGGCCACCAAACAGGAAGUGGGAUGUCUUUCGUCUGGGUGGCAGCGUGAUGAAACUGAAACACAACGUUGUAAUGUUUUGUGUUUUUAAUCAGCCAUAAAACAAAAACAGUAAUGUUGGGUUUCUCAUUCCAAUCGUGGGAAGCAGAGUGUGAAGCCACCUAACUAAAUGUUACACCAACACUCAAACCUCUCUCCAAAGAACAGUGUGCAUCAUCCCACUGACAUCAGCCAUCCUGCAUCUGUUUUAUCUCUGUUUUUUUUACGUUUUUGCCUGAAAUUAUGGGAGAUUCAUACCAUGUCCAAAGAUGCUAUGGAGUUGGAACAUGUCUGAGAUUUCAUUUACAUGAUCUGCCACGUUGGAUUUUGAGAACAAACCCAGUGUUGUGUAGGCGUCAUGACUUAUUACAAAGUGUAUGUGGACAUGUAGCAGGUACAUAUGAUCUGCCUGAAUCAACAGAGAUGAGAUGUCAUUUCUUAACAAGGACAGGGCGGGGGUGAACUGGUGACUUUUACUGGAAACCAGUAUGCCUUUCUGUUUUUACAACUUUUAGGUGGAUGUCAAGUUUCUGUUUAAAUUGGUGGCUUGACCUAGAUAAACCAGCUCUCACUAUGAGUAGAAAAUUCACCUACCGUCACAUUUUACUUCCUUGUCGGUGUCAACUCUGCUUUAGUUUUUGACAACUGAACAUGCAAAGCAAAAACGCACGCUCUGGAUUUUCCAUUAUUAUGUUUCAUGAAGGCUUUUAAACCCGUUUCUCAGUCCUGGUGUGGAGCAAAUUAUCCAGACUAAAGCUCUGCACUUAAUUAUGGGAUGCAUCACAUGGUGCUGUCUCCUGUAAGAGGCCACGCACCAAAUAUCACCAUAAGAUCUCAGGCACACCCAAAACCAGCGAUCGUCUCCAGUUCUGUUCCUUUUUCCUGUUCACUGAUUUGUGUGUGUAUGUGUGUGUGUGUGUGUGUGUGUGUGUGUGUGUGUGUGUGUGUGUGUGUGUGUGUGUGUGUGUGUGUGUGUGUGUGUGUGACAGAUUUAUAGUUAAUUCAAGUUAAUUAGUUAAUUAAAUUUGCGAUUUUCUUUCCUGAAAGGAGCAACAAAAAUAAACUUAUUUUUUCAUCUUUUUAAGUGAGCCAGUGGAAUAUUUAAUAAAUCACUAUGCUUCAGUUAUAUUUAUGUAAUGCAAAAUUAGUACUUUCAUUAUUUCCACAUGAGUCUAAUCUAUGUUUAACUGUGUCAUACGAAAAUAAAGAUUCCUCGUACUUGA